AUAUCUUGGCCCGUAGGGGCAACGCGUCAAUCGGGUGAUUCUAUAGAAUGACUUGAAGUCUCUGCCUCUGGCGCCAUGACUGGAGAGGGCAAAGGAGGAGGCAAUCAAGGCCAGCCAGCUCCCUUCCUGCGCAAGACAUAUGAGCUGGUGGACGAUGCCACGACCAACCAUGUCAUCAGUUGGGGGCCUAGCGGCAAAAGCUUCAUCGUCUGGAAGCCUAGCGAGUUUGCAGCGAACCUGCUGCCUCUGUAUUUCAAGCACAACAACUUCUCCUCCUUUGUGCGCCAGCUGAAUACCUACGGCUUCCGCAAAGUGGACCCCGACCGAUGGGAGUUUGCAAACGAGUACUUCCAGCAGCACAAUCGGGAUCUGCUGCUCACCAUCCACCGCCGUAAACCUGCCUCUACCGUAACAGCCCCGGGCGGCCCCGGCGGGGUGGGGCCGGGGGCACCGGGCGGCAGCGGGAGCUCAACCGGACCUGGUACGGGGAGUGGGUCUGGCAGCGCUCAGCAGAAGUCGGCGCCGGGGCCUCCCGUGUCGCCGCUACAGCAAUUUACGUCGCAGGUCUCUUCAGAGGCGGGGCAGCCGGGGCCACCCGGGCCCCCUGCCCCGGCCGGUGCGCCAUCGGCAGUUCUGCCGAUUCCUCUCCCGCCCGGCGUGCCUCCUGCUGCUGCCGCCGCUGCAGUCGCUGCGGCAGCUAGCGCGCCUUUCUCCCUGUCGCCGCCCUUCCCGCUGGACCUGGGCAUUGCGGCGACCCUGCCGCUCUUCACGGCGCCUCCGCCCACCGCGGGUGCGGGCGCCGCACCCGGGCUUACAUUCCCGGCCCUGACCAUUCCGCCUGUGGGCGUCAUGGUAGGGCCAGGCGGGCCGCUGGCAACCGGCCCAGGGCCUAUCCUCAGCACGGGCCCUGGGCCCGGCGUCACUCCGUCUGCCGGGAGCGCCUUCUCCAGGCCACUACUGCCUGCGUCUGGGUCAGGCGCGGGGUCGGGGUCCGUGCCCUCGCUGAAGACGGAGCUGCCGCCGCCGCACGCGCUGGGGCCACUACUGUCACCUCAGGCCGCGGCGGCCGCAGCAGCUGCAGUUGCGGCGGCCGGCGGGCCUUCUCCGCCGCCGGCACAGCUGCAGCAGGUGCUGGCGGCGCUAGCGAGUCAGUCGGGGACGCCCGGGUCUGCAGCAGCGGGGCAGCUUGCUCGGGACGGGUCCAUUGAGGUGGGCAGCGGCUGGCCCGCCGGCAGCGGCAGCGGCAUGACCGACGGCGCUGCCCACGCCCAGGGGACGGCUGGCAACACGAACGCCGCCACCAGCAACAGUCCAGCGGACGCACCAGGCGGCGCGUCCGCGGCCGCUGCCAACGGCGGUGGCCCGCGCCCCAGCCACAGCCACAGCUCUAACAACGCGCCUUCCGCCUCGUCCUCGGACGCGCAGCAGCACCAGCAGCAGCAGAGCGACCCCAUGCUGGCGGAAGACGAGUACGGAGGGCAGGGUGGGGCGGGCAGCGCCGGCAAGGCAGCCAAGCGCAGCCGAGCGGACAUGUACACUAGCGCCCGAACGGCGGGUGGCGGCGGCGGUGGCGGUGGCAGCGUCGAGGCGGCGCUGGCAGCGGUGGCCGCCGGCGGCCUGCCCAGUGCAAGCGGCCUGCCUAGCGCCAGUGGCCUGGCGUCGGGCGCGUUGCCAAGUGGCGGAGGCGGCAUGGGCCAUCUGACGUCGGCGGGGCUGCCCAGUGGCGGCGGCGGGCUGGUGGGACUGAACAGUGGUGGCGGCGGCCCUGGCGCGGUCGGCCUACACUCUGCCGCAUUGCAGCUACUGGGGACAAGCCCACCUCCAGGCGGCCUGGCCGGCCUCAGUGGCGUCACCGGUGCAGCGGCAGCCACCGCUGCCGCCACGAGCGGCCCCGCCUCGCUCACGUCCUUCGACGCCGCCGGCAAUCCACUGCCGGCCGGCAUCACGCGGCCGCUGCCACAGCAUCACGCCAUGCGCGGCACCACCGCGGCGCUGCUGAACGAGAUGGCGGGGCAGCUGGGGCGGCUGUCGGCGCUGGCGCGGGAAGUCGAAGGGCUCAAGGAGGAGAACACGGCGCUCAAGCGGUCCAUGGAGGCGCUCACGCAUGCCUACACAGGCACCGGCACUGGCGGCGGUGGCGGCUCGGGCAGCGCAGGCGCGGCCGGCCCCAGUGCAGGCAGCGGCGGCAUGGGCGCGGCGGGGCUGCGGUCGAGCGGCGCAGGCGCCGUGGCGGGCGGCUGCGGCGGCAUCGGGCUGGCCUCGGGGCCGCAGGGCGUGAGCCUGGCGGCGCUGGCGGGAGAGUUGGGCAUGGGUAUGGAUGAAGAGGCGGGAACGGGGAACGGGGUGACGGCGAUGGAUGCGGCGGCGAGCGGCGACGGUGGCGCAGCGGCAGGUGGCGGCGGCGGCGCCAGCGAUGGCAGCGGCGGUGUGCCGUCGGACCUGGGCGCCGGUGGCAGCAGCAGCGGCGCCCCGGCCGUGAACAAGGACGGCACCACUGCGACGCCUCUGACGCAAGCGGUGGAGGAGCAGGGCAAGCGGCUGUGGGACCAGAAGCUGCGGCACGACGAGCUGGAGAAGCAGCUGCUGGCCCAGAAGGAGCUUUCGGCGCGGCAGGCCGCCAAGACGGCGGCGCUGGAGUUGGCGCUCGCGGCAAACAGCGCCAAGGCCGUGCACGACGCUGCCUUCCUGGGCCGAGUGCUGGAGGAGCGCGUCAGUGCCGAGAGUGGCAACAUGCGCGGGCGGCUGGAGGCGCAGGAGCGCGCCAACAAGGCAGCGCAUGACGUGAACAGCCGCCUGGAGGCGCGUGUGGCGGAGCUGGAGGCGCAGCUGAGGGCACUGGGCCAGGACACCGCGCCGGGCAGCAGCAACCGGAUGAGCCAGCAUGAUAACACCAACACCAACAACCAGCAACAACCGCACCUGCAACAACCCACCGGAGCAGAGGCACUCGGCUCCCGGACGUUCGCGGGCACGGCGGCCGCCGGUGACGUGGGCAGUCAACACGGCCAGCAGGGCCAGCCGGCGCUGCUUGACGGCGCCCGCAACGGCAGCGCCAGCGGCGGUGCAGCCGCCGCCGCCGCUUGCUCUCCGCCGCCACCCGGCACGGGCUCUGCGGGUUUUGUGGCCUUCAUGCAACGGUUGGGCAGCGGCGCCGCGGGGCUGGGCUCGGGGCAGGCAGGCCAGGCCCUGGGCUUGGGUGCGGCCGGUGGGCCGCUGGGCAGCGGCGCGGCCGGCCUGGGCAGCGGCCUGGGCGGGGGCCUGAGUGGGGGGCUGAGCGGCGGGCUGAGCGGAGCGCUGCCGCUCGAGGCUGACCUGUACGCCAAGACCAUUGAGGACCGGCUGUGGGGCACCGUGGAGCAGAUCGUCAACAGCGCGCCCGACCCUGCACACGGCGCCAGGCUCGUGCUGCAAGUGGCCAAGGCGCGGCAGGACGCCUACGCCGCGGCCGCAGUCGUUGGGGCGGCCGCCGCCAGCACUAGCACCGGAGGCCGCUCUACCAGCAGCGGUGGCAACGGUGGCGCAGUCAGCGGCGCCGGCAACGGCACCAGCGCGGGCUGCGGUACUGGCGACAGCAACACCUCCGGUCCCAGCGGCAGCAACACGCCGGGUGGCGCCGUGGCAGCGGCCGGCCAGCGCGGCGCCGCCUCCCUGGCUGCCGCCGCCAACGGUGUGGCGGGCAGCCGCGGUGCCGCCAAGGAGGAUGGCCAGUCCACGGAGGGCAGUGGCUCGUGCCCGCCGCCAUCUGUGCCGGUGGCCGGCACUGCGGCGGCCGCGACCGCUGCUGCGGCUGCAGGCGGCGACAUGAUGGACACGGGCGCUUGAACGGACCAGUGAGCGUGUGCCAAUGACUUUGACGACAACAGCAGCAGCGGGAGCUAGGCCCUGGAGUACAACACCAGGUUUGUGCGGGGUCAGCGAGAGAGCGCAAGAGAGAUGGAGUGCACAUUCCAAAAGUGCGAGGACGCAACCAGAGGCUGCGUUUCUGGUACGGUGAAUGCCAUAUUAAGGCCCAAGGCUUGGGGCGCGAAUUUCCGCGAGCCUGGUGAGGCGGCGCGUCCGCGACAGCCGGCUGAGGUGAACUAGUGGCUGGAUUUGCAUCAUGUUUGAGCCGGGGCUGAGCGGAAUGAGCGCAAGCACUUGGCCUGGAGUGGAAGAUGAGCACGGGCGGCCUGGUCGGCGCCGGGCGCAUGGAGAAAUUUUGCUUCCUGAUUACGCCGAGAAGCCGGCACCGGCUUUCGGGGGCGAUUGUGAGAUAUUGGCAGCAGGCGCGGUGGGAAGGCGAGCAGGGGCUACCUGAAAGAAUUGGUGAGGUGAGAAGUUGAGGAUCAAGGGCACACGCUAUGCCAGGGGUGGCAGGUCGGCACGGAUUGCAACACAUGAGGUGAUGAGGGUGGAGGGGCAGGCGCGGAUCGCCGCCUUAGCAGCGUUGCCGGGAAACUAGCAGUGACGCAUCCCUACCUUACCGUAAUUUCGGUGUCAGCUUCUUGCCAGGCUACAUGCCGGGCACAUUAUUGGGCCCAAGCAGGCAGCACUGAAUGGCUCGGUAGGAACGAGCAUUCCGGUGGAGUCGAGGUAUUUGUGCGUGUGUGUGUGGGUCCGAUGCUCCGAAGGGGCCGCUGUGGUGUUUCGUCUUGGAUGUCACCGGCUGACUACUUGUGGUGCGCGUGCCGCGAUCUUGGUGGUGCCUGUGCGCGGAUCUUGUCCCUGCAGCAAGACUGCAUGCAGGGACUGUUGGGUGCUGUGAAGGUAUGAUGUGUCGCGUUUUGGUGUUUGCCCUCACCUUUGAUACGAUAUUCAAGUGCGCGCCUGCGUGUAGGGGAUGUGUCGUGCAGGCAUCGCCGCGCCGCCGUGUGCCACUGGGCCAGUACCCCUGGGCAUGUCGGUGUGUGCAAUGGGUGCUGCCGUCAUUGGCAUGCAGUGUUGGGAGUGCCAGAGAAGCAACGUCGUGUGCAUCAUCGGGACGUGGGACGUGUCGUGCGCGUCGUGCCAUGUGUGGUCUGGUGCGCUUAGCCCAGGUGAUGCGACGUCAGUGCGUUGUCAAGACGUCAAAAUGUUGUUGCAAGAUGCUCCGAGUGAACUUAAUGGUCUGGCAGCGCGUAGGCUGUGGCGGGGGGCAUGGGUCUGGCAUUCCCAUCCCCACGACUCGCGAUUUUAUGAUUUUAUUUGCCUUCGCCAUCAAAGGUUGACACGAUGUGGAUGAAGCCGAAGGUUGCUACGCACGUGGCUGCGUGCUUGCAGCCAGGGGUGGCCGGCCAUGGGUUGAAUGCUUCAGGUGCGGAGUGCGCUGCUUGACGCUUUCGGUGCCUGGUGCUGCUCUUAGCUGCUGAGGGCGUUGAUGAGGGCCGCGGCGGACGCAUGGAACUGUGCUCCCAGCGCUUGCGGCUCGUCCGUAACCGUUGGGCAUAUGUCGGGUUGAUGGCAUCACACUAACAUAUAGCGGUAUUUGAUUCCGAGAGAGCGUGGUGAGUGGGUCGGGUGCGAGGGAAUUAACGAAUGCGUGCUGGCUUGGGGCGAAGCGACGUGGUGUGGAGUUGCUUCAGGCAGGGGGGUGUAGAGCCAGGGAGCCAGCUGUAAAAGUAGCGUAAA